AGUGACUGAUAGAGGAACGGUCCCCAUCGGUUGUGACCUCAGGUGAGACCAGGAGGCCUGUGUUUUAGCAAACCCUGGGCAAUUGGAAUGAAGGGCUCCUAAGAUUCCAUGACACGCCCAGCUUCUAAUUCUGUUAUUGCAACAGCAGGCCGUUACCUGGGACUCUGGCCACUAUCUCCCACACUCUUGUCAGAGCCUGAGCUACAGGCAGCACCUUCGGCUCUCAGCUCAAGCAUUGCAAACAUUGUUUUUGUGGUUAAGGACCCUAAAGUGCUGUGAGGAGGGAUCAAGUUUUUCUGAACAGUAAGUUAGGAAUUUGAGUUAUUGACAUCCCCCAGUCCUGAUUAAACCUAUUUGAUUUCCAGUUUUUAACCCAUCAUGUGUUUGGGUUUCUUCUCCCCCGUCUCUGGCUGUACCUGUGGUGCCCCCAACGUCAGCAUGGUGGCAUCUGGCAGGACGUGUUCCAGGAAAACCACAGAGGUGAACUUUCCUGAUAUCAUCGAGAAUUCUUACUCCCAGCAGGAAGAGACCAAACCCAAUUUCAGAGACAGCAAAUAUAGACUUCUUAUGAGCCAGGUGGCCUACCUCCGGAACUACCAGCUGAAGACAUACAAAGAUCGAAAAGAUCACGAUGAAGAACAGGAAUGCCGAGACAGCAAAAAUAAACUUCUUAUGAGUCAAGUGGCCUACUACCUGGGCUGCCGGCUAAAGACGGAAGUCCCUGGCUUUCUGUGUUCUGUCCAAAACGUCAACAUGGUGGCAUCUGGCAGGCCUCCUUCCAGAAACAACACAGAGGUGAACAUUCCAGAAGGCAAUGAGAAAUCCUGCUCCCAACAGGAAGAAAACAAACUGAAUGUCGGAGCCAACAAAAAUAGACUUCUUAUGAGCCAGGUGUCCUACUUCCUGAACUACCGGGAGAAGACAUACAAAGAUCGAAAAGAUCAUGAUGAAGAACAGAAAUGCCGAGACAGCAAAAAUAAACUUCUUAUGAGUCAAGUGGCCUACUACCUGGGCUGCCGGCUGAAGACGGAAGAAAAUGACCAAGAUGAGGAUGAAGACGUUCACGUCGCAGAGGCUGAGCGAGUAGAGGAGUCACGUGCCCCCAGAGAGGUGCAGAAGAUUGAAGUCAAGAAAGUCCCUGAGGACUCACUGGAGGAAUGUGUCGUCACUCGUUCAAAUAGCUAUGGCCCUCCUGAAUCCAGCCAGCCUCCCAGAGACACCAGUGAAAUCACAUUUGAGGAAGACAGCGUCGAUUCUGCACUGAUUGUAGAGAGUGAAUCAUCCCAUGAUGUAGCGGAGGAUGCUCUAAUCAUUCUUUCAGAAAGUCAAAAUGAUGAUGAGGAAGUGGAAGAACAAUGGCAAGUGCCCCCCAGGAAUCUGCAGGAGUCUGUGGAGGAGGAAGCCCCCCAGGAGUCCUGGGAUGAAGGUUAUUCGACUCUCUCAGUUCCUCCUGGCACAUCUGCCUUCAGUGAGCCUUACAGGAGCAAGUUGCACUCAUUAGAGGAGCAGGAAGUCGAUUUGGCUGGUGACGUAGACAAGAUUAAAAAUGACCAAGAAGAAGAAGAAGAUCAAGGCCCACCAUGCCCCAGGCUCAGCAUGGAGCUAGUGGAAGCAGAAGAGCCUGAAGUCUUCCGGGUCAAUGCUACCUCAUCCAUCUGCAGGCAGAGAAGGUCCCAUGUGUCUACCACCAUGAUCAUGGUACCAGGACUAUUCCACCAUUUGUCUACAACCAUGAUCGUGGCACCAGGACUGUUCCACCAUUUGUCUACCACCAUGAUCGUGGUACUGGGACUGUUCUGCCAUUUGUCUACCACCAUGACCGUGAUACCAGGGCUGUUCCACCAUUUGUCCAUCACCAUGAUCGUGUUACCAGGACUGUUCCACCAUUUGUCUAUCACCAAUAUUGUGAUACCAAGACUGUUCCGCCAUUUGUCUACCACCAUGAUCAUGGUACCAGGGCUGUUCCACCAUUUGUGUACCACCAUGAUCGUGGUACUGGGACUGUUGCACCAUUUGUCUACCAGCAUGAUCGUGAUACCAGGGCUAUUCCACCAUUUGUCCAUCACCAUGAUCAUGGUACCAGGACUGUUCCACGAUUUGUCUAUCACCAUGAUCGUGGUACCAGGACUGUUCCACCAUUUGUCUAUCACCAAUAUUGUGAUACCAGGACUCUUCCACCAUUUGUUUAUGACCAUUAUCUUGAUACCAGGACUGUUCCACGAUUUCUCUAUCACCAUGAUCGUGGUACCAGGACUGUUCCACCAUUUGUCUAUCACCAAUCUUGUGAUACCAAGACUGUUCCACCAUUUGUCUAUCACCAUCAUCUUGAUGCCAUAUCUGUACCUUUCAGAGACACCUUAUUUAUAG